AUGCCGCGGAAACUCAAGUUUCAUGAGCAGAAGCUCCUCAAGAAGCACGACUUCAUCAAUUACAAACAAGACAACAACCACCGAGAUCAUGAUGUUGCAAGACGGUAUAUGAUUCAGAAGCCAGAGGAUUAUCACAAGUACAACAGGAUGUGUGGUUCUCUCCGGCAAUUAGCACAUCGUCUGAGUCUUCUCCCGCCAGACAACGAGGUCAGGAGGAAACAUGAGACAUUGCUCCUGGACAAGCUCUACGACAUGGGCAUCCUUUCGUCCAAGUCAAAGCUCUCGCAGGUCGAGCACAACGUCACGGUGUCUGCCUUUGCGCGGCGGCGUUUGCCCGUGGUUAUGACACGUUUGCGCAUGGCAGAGACCGUCCAGGCGGCCACGAAGCUCAUAGAGCAAGGGCACGUCCGAGUCGGUGUCGAAGAAGUCCGGGACACCGCUUUCCUUGUGACGCGGAACAUGGAGGACUUCGUCACCUGGACCGUCGGCAGCAAGAUCAAGCAGAACAUCAUGAAGUACCGCGACAAGGUGGACGACUUUGAGCUUCUCUGA